CAUAACCUGAGUUAGAUCAUUGUGUUUAUAUGUUAUAUGUAUCGAUUCUAACGUUUUAAUCUGUAUUUAUAUGUGAUGAACAGGGUUUAUCGAUUGAAAAUGGCAAUGAACAUGAACAAGAAGGUGGUGGUGUUCAUCAUGGGAGCAACGGGUUCGGGGAAAUCUAAGCUGUCCAUCAGCCUGGCCGCCGGCGUCGGAGGGGAGAUUAUCAACUCCGACAAGAUUCAGGUUUACCGGGGCCUUGACGUCUUGUCGAACAAGGUUACCGAGGCGGAGAUGCAAGGCGUGCCUCACCAUCUGCUCAGCGGAGCCGAUCCCGACGUGGAAUUCACCGCCGGCGACUUUUGCCUUCAGGCCACCGCGGCCAUCGAGAAAAUCAGCGGCUCCGGCAAGCUCCCCAUCGUCGUCGGCGGCUCCAACUCGUUCAUCGAAGCCCUGGUGGAGGACCCGAUUUCCCAGUUCAAAUCCACUUAUCGCUGCUGCUUUAUCUGGCUCGACGCUUGCCCGCUGGUUCUGGGGAAAUUUGUGUCGGAACGAGUUGAUCAAAUGGUUGAACAAGGUUUGGUUGAAGAGGUUAGGGGAAUAUUUGAUCCAGACUGUGAAGACUACACAAAGGGCAUCCGGAAGGCUAUUGGGGUGCCAGAAUUGGACGAAUAUCUGCGUGCGGAGAUUAACAAGAACGCGUCUGAGGUGGAAAAGACGGCUCUCCUUAAAGCCGCCAUUACUCAAAUCAAGCUUAACACCAUAAGCUUGAUUUACCGCCAGGUGGAGAAGAUCAAGCAACUAAAUGACAUUCUGAUGUGGCCGAUUCACCGCAUCGACGUCACCCCGGUUUUUCAGGUCAAUGGUGACAAGGAGGCUCAAGAAGUCAACUGGGAAAUGCUGGUGUUCAAGCCCAGCUUGGGUAUUGUGGAGGAAUACCUGAAGAAUAUCUGAGGACUUUUGUGUUUUAAUUUUAUUGUUGUUAUAUUAUAUAUGUUUAUGCAUGGUGCUUCUGUAA